CAAUAAGGGGUUAAAAUUAUAAUUUGGAUUCUAAGCCCAACUUUUAUGUCAUCUCGUAGGAAAUAUUUUUGUGAUCGCGUCGGUUCAGACGGCUCGCGAAUCGGAGUUAUGGAGCUCAUCCGCCAGUCGCUGCCCAGCAUCGCCAAGCUGCCGCUCCUCGUCGCCGUCCAAUUGGAGCAGCCAGCCGCCGGCGUCGCCGCUCAUCGCCGCUCAUCACCGGUCGCCCUUGCCCAGCCAAUCGCCGUCGCCGAGCCUCCAGCCGCCGUCGCCGAGCCUCCAGCCGCUGUUUCACCUUCGCCGGAAAUCCGCCAUCAUCGCCGACGAAUUGCAGCGCCGCCACGCCGAGCGCUGGACGUCGCCUCCACUGCCGGCGUCCUUCCUCGCCGACGAAUUGCAGCGCCGCGAAUCGCUGCUCAUCGCCGUCGAGUUGCCGCUCCGCCACUGUCGCCGGCGUCCGUCACCGUCGCCGCAUCCGGCCGCUGCCCCGAGUUGAUAUCGCCGGCAGAUUAACCUCCACGCCGGAUUGAUUGGUCGAUUUCGUAUUUUGACUCAAUUUGACCCGUUCGUUUGAUUUCGUUGAUUUGUCUUCCGUUCGAGCUAUCGAUUCGAUUUCGACGUAAUCCAGGUCCGUACUAUGAAGUUAGUAGCAUUUAGAAUAGAUUUAAUGGUUUGGA